ACGUGUCGCUCAUUUCCGAGCCGCAGCGGACGUGCGGGCGGCGGGUGGAGGUCAGUCCUCGCUCUGCGACGGGGGCCCUGGGAAGACUUCCCAGCAAGAUGGCGGCCAGGCUGAUGCACCGCUGGUGUUGGCUUUACAGAACCGUCUCCUCCUUGGGCCACCAAGCUGGUCCGUUGUCCCAGGCCCCGUGGUCCAAAAGGCCUCCCUUCGCCUUGAGGACCACUUACAACCUCUCGCAAGUGGCCGACCGCUUCUCCGUGAAGGAGCUGGAGAGCAAAACCCCGGAGAAGCCCCCCAGGUGGGAAGACCUCAUCAUGGUGUCAUCCAGCAUGGAGGAACUCCUCGCUCCGGAACAUCUGCACGACAUCAGCGGGAACCAGGCCGCCCUCCUGAUCACACGCUUAUCCCACCUGGCCUCGCAGCUCAAACUGGACCACAAGGCUAUCUUGAAGGAUAAACGUUUUCAACAGCUGCUCCAUCACACAUACAAGGAGGCCUCCCGGCUCCAUGACCCAGCAUUGAUCAAUCUCCUCAAGAGCCUUUACUUUUUGGGGGUCAGCCCCCAGCAGAAGGAGUUGUGCUCGGCCGAGCUGGAGCUGCGCUGGCGCCUACGCGGACUCUCCUACCGGCGCCUGGCUUCCCUGGCCGCUUCCCUGGCUGCCUGCGUCCCUAGGGAGAAACCCCACGAGCUGCUGACUGAGCUUUUGGCCCAGCUGGAGAUGCGCUGGGCCGAGAUCGAAGAUGCGCAGACCAUUGCCUUGCUCAUGGCCAAACAGGAAUACCUCUCGCCACAACUCCGGGAGCGGCUGGAGGAUAAGAGCCUGGAGCUAGCUGCCCACUUCUCUCCCGAGGACAUCCGGAGGCUUGCCGUCGUCUUAGCCCAACAAAAUCUCCGUUCCUUGCCGCUCCUUCGAGCCAUCAGCUACCAUUUUGUCCAGAAGCAUUUUGCUGUCAAGCCGGAUAUCCUCCUGGAUUUGGCGUUCGCCUUCGGGAAGCUGAAUUUCCACCAGACUCAGAUGUUCCAGAAGAUCUGCUCGGACCUCCUGCCCCAUGUCCCCGAGUUGCCUCCGACUGACGUGGUCCGUUGUGUGAAGUCCUUCUCCUAUCUCAAAUGGUUAAACCUGCCAUUCUUCGAGGCCUCUGCGGAGUACUUCAUCCACAAUAGCAAGAAAUUUACUCUCAGCCAACUGGUUAAUCUUCUCAUUUCUUAUGCCCGCUUGAAUUUCCAGCCAAGCAACAAAGAGGACUUUUACACCAAGAGCCACCACAUCCUGGACGGUCAGCUGGGCAGUCUCAACCCUUCCCUGCUGAUCGACCUGGUCUGGUCGUUGUGCGUCUUGCAGCAAGCAGAAGCGGUCCAUUUCCAGAUGGUUUUGCUGCCCAAAUUUUUCUCCAGUUUCUUUGGUAUCCCUCCCAGGGUGGCUUUCCUCCUCUGGGAGUUCCCCAACUUCAGCAGCCGAAGCAAAGACCUUCUGGGGCGCUUCAUGAUGGAGCGACGGCAUCUGCAAACAGCCGGCUUCGUGGUUGUGGAGGUUCCUUACCACGAGUGGUUCAACCUGAACACGGAGUGGAAGAAGACUCAGUAUCUCAAAGACAAGAUGCAGAAAGCGCUUGCCACAGACUUGGCGGGCUAGGGACUUUGCAACGGCGUGUAAAGUGCGAGGAAGUGAAAUUAAGGGUGGAAUUAAGAUGAUUGUUUUGUACAGAAUCGGCUUCUCUUUCUGGGCUUCCUGGAUUUGGAGGGUUCGAAAAGUCUCCUCGGAGUGAGGAGAAAGGGGGAGUGGGACCAUCCUCGACUUACGACCAUCUGUUUAGCAACCGACAUCACAACGGCCCUCGAAACAGAGACUUUAGGACAGUUCCUCACACUUACGACCACGGUCACCAAAUUGGGGAAGCUCGGCGCCCGGCACGUAGUGCUACUCCUCCUCUUCCGACCAUCAUGGAGCUCACAAAUUUUGGUUGUAAACAAGACCUUCCGGCAAAUAUUGCCUCGUUUUAUGACAUUUUUUGCCAUGGUCAUGAAGCGAAUCGGCACUUUUUAAAAGGGAGCCACAUGGUCGUAUGUCGACUUUGGUCACUGAAAGAGGAUGCGGGAGGCCAGGAUGUCAUGAAUACGAGCCGAUCGCCGAGCGUCCGAAUUUGUGACAGUCGUUAAGUGCGAGCAACAGUCCCUUUUCCCAGUGCCGUUGUAACUUGGAACGGUCACUAAACAAACUGUCGAGAGCUCUCUGGAUUUGGGAUGCUUGGCCUCCGACUCACAUUUAUGAUGGUUGCAGGGACUUAGGGCCGUGUUUCACACUUAUGACCGUCACAGCGUUCCCCUUGGUUUCAUGAUCCAAACUCCGACGCCUGGCAGCUGACUCGUAUUUAUGACAGGGGUAACGCGAUCCUUCUGCAACCACCUGAGGAGCGAAAAUCAACGGAUAAGACGGAUUCGCUUAGUGUCUGUGUGACUCACUUAACUGGGCCAGAAAGGUUCUAACUUGGGACAAAAUUCACUUUGAACAACCAUCUUGCUUAGUGGCCGAAACGUUGGGCUCUUUUUAUGGUCGUAAGUCGAGGACUAACCUAUUUGUUUUGCCUUUGUGGCUGAAAGGCUCCGAGUUCAAAUUUCUCCACUUUACAAUUUGAAUAUAAAUCUGGAACGUG